AUGGCGGAGGAAGCUAGUGGGGGCAGCGGGGCGCGGCGCGGGGCGGCGGAGCGGGAUGAGGAGGGAGCGGCAGCGGAGCGGGGCCCGGGGGCUGCCUACCACAUGUUCGUGGUGAUGGAGGACCUGCUGGACAAGCUGAAGUUGCUGAAUUACGAGGAGGAGGCGCUGCGGCGCCACAACAUGCGACCGAUCUCCAGGCACUACUUUGCGCUGCCCACAAACCCUGGUGAGCAGUUCUUUAUGUUUUGCACUCUUGCUGCCUGGAUGAUCACCAAAGCAGGACGUCCCUUUCAGCAGCCCCAGGAAUAUGAUGACCCCAACGCUGUGAUAUCAAACGUGCUCUCAGAAGUGCGCUCCUUUGGAAGGCCUGUGGAUUUUCCUCCUUCAAAAUUAAAGGCAGGUUAUGGAGAGCAAGUGUGCUAUGUUCUUGAUUGUUUAGCUGAGGAAGCCCUGAAAUACACUGGCUUUAGCUGGAAAAGGCCAGCGUAUCCCACGGAAGAGCUAGAAGAAGAAGAAAUAACAGAAGAUGAUGCAGAAUUAACACUUAGUAAAUUGGAAGAAGAUGUUGCAGAAGAAGAGUCGGACAGUGAAGAAAAUUUUAUUGACCUGAAUGUUCUAAAGGCACAAACAUACAGAUCAGACAUGAAUGACACAGCAAAGCAAGAAGAGAUUUUACAGUCCACGACAGAUGCAGCAGAGUGGAAUCUGGAAGUGGAACGUGUGCUUCCACAGCUGAAAGUUAUAGUCAGGACUGACAAUAAGGACUGGAGGAUUCAUGUAGAUCAGAUGCAUCAGCAUAAGGAAGGAAUUGAAUCUUCUUUGAAUGAAACUAGGGGUUACCUCGACAAACUGCAUAAUGAAAUCAGCAAAACAUUGGAAAAGAUCAGCAGCAGGGAGAAGUACAUCAACAAUCAGCUGGAGCACUUGGUCCAAGAGUACCGUUCAGCGCAAGCCUUGCUGAGUGAGGCCAAAGAUAAGUACCAAGAGGGAAGUGGAGGAGUAACUGAAAGGAUUAAAGUGCUUUCUGAGAUUACAGAAGUAUUAGAGAGGGUAAAGCAAGAAACUGAAGAGAAAGGAAGCAGCAUGACUGAUGGUGCUCCUCUGGUGAAGAUUAAACAGGCCCUAACAAAGCUGAAGCAAGAAACUAUUCAGAUGGACAUCCAGAUUGGUGUAAUGGAACACACAUUACUCCAGUCAAAGCUGAAGGAGAAAUCCAAUAUGACUAGAGAUAUGCAUGCAGCAACCAUUCCAGAAGCCAUAGUAGGUGCCUAUUAA